AUGGUCAGACACAGCAUCAAAAAAAGAUGGCAAGAACUGGGAGUCUGGAACCCGAAAUGGGGAGUCGUACCGAACAGUCACGGUCGGUAUCUUAACGGAGAUCGUCCUGAAUUCUGGGAGUGGCACCGGAAAUGGCGGGGCACACAACGGAAGUUCGACAGCCUACCUUGGGAGGAACAAAAUGGCUGCUGGCCCGUGCCAGAUGAGGAGUUCGAAUGGGAGCGCGCGAUCCGAAUGUACCUCGAGAGGGAAGGUCACUGGAGCGAGACUCUCAAGCUAGUGUCGACAGAGAAUGGACACCAAUACGACACCGACGUGGUCGAUGAUCGCGAAUUUCUAAUCACGAGCCGACCUUGGUUUGUUUGGGCACUAGAGGCCGCAGAGGAAGAGGUGAAACUGCGACGCCUUCCAAUGCAGCCCACAAUCUCAGCAUAUGAACCGGCAAGGGUGAAUGUAAUGGCCCGAUGGAAAGAGGACGGCCGCUGGAAAGAUAGCUGGACCGACAAUACGACUGACUACAUAAACCCCCCUGUAUGGCCACAUCUGGUGGGGUGGAAAUGGAGAAAUGAGUCUCCAUCACCAGAACCUGCGGAUUUAAAUGACAUGGAAUUCACUCCAUCCGAGGUUGAUGCGCUGGAAGCCAUACGCCCUCCCACACCGCGGCCGCCACCGAGGUCAAUGCCCCAAGAGCGCCGUCGUCGGACUGAUAUAUCCAUUUUCCAUCCAUCCUAUGACGACGAUUCUGAUCCACAACCGUUGGAAUCCGCAGAGCCGCUCCACCAGAAAACCAGGCUCAGGCAGAAGGCAUCUCGAGGCCCAACGACGUCUGCAAAAGUCUCCAAGUUGACUCCACCUCGUCGCAGCCUCAGGAUUGCAGAAAGAGAACAGCGGCUCAAGGUUCCUGAUAUGCCUCCUGAAGCCGUGGAGAAUCUGGACAAGGAGAGUGUGACACAGCUAUUCCACCGCAGUCGGACCAGAAGGUAA